CAACAAACCUUCUAAAUAGCAAAUAAAAGAUAAAUAAGGCUUCUUCUUAAGAGAGAGCAUGGGAAGUUCAAUUGGGGCGAGGCAAUGGCCUCGACUCAUAUAUGCAAUAGCACUUUGCAUAAUCACUUUUACUACUUUUGCUAUUGCUGAUGACGAUAAGCCAUACUAUGGAGGUCAAUAUCCAUACAACAACUAUCCCCAACCACCUUACACUUACAAACCACCUCCAUAUAAUAACUAUCAAUCUCCACCCCCAUAUGCUUACAAAUUCCCUCCAUAUAAUAACUAUCAAUCUCCACCCCCAUAUGCUUACAAAUUUCCUCCAUAUAAUUAUCAAUCUCCUCCUCCAUAUGAUAAUAAAUUCCCUCCAUAUUACUAUAAAUCUCCACCAUCUCCUUAUGUCGACAAAUUUCCUCCAUAUUACUAUAAACCCCCACCUCUACCAUCCCCAUCGCCACCACCUCCUUAUUUCGAUAAAUUUCCACCAUAUUACUACAAAUCUCCUCCACCAUCUCCAUCACCACCACCUCCAUAUGUAUAUAUUAGUCCACCACCUCCAUAUGUUUACAACUCACCACCACCACCACCCCCUUCACCACCUCCUCCAUACGUCUAUAAGUCACCACCUCCUCCACCAUAUGUAUACAAGAGCCCACCCCCACCCUCACCACCACCUCCAUAUAUCUACAAAUCUCCUCCACCACCAUACCCCUCUCCUCCUCCACCAUAUGUGUACAAGUCACCACCACCCCCAUCUCCUUCACCACCUCCUCCAUACGUAUACAAGUCUUCCCCCCCUCCAUAUGUUUAUGAGUCUCCACCAUAUAUCUAUAAACCCCCUCCAUAUGUUUAUGAGUCUCCACCAUAUAUCUAUAAACCCCCAUCACUACCUCCGUAUGUUUAUAAAUCUCCUCCUCCAUCCUACAUCUAUGCACCCCCAUCGCGUCCAUCUUAUUCAUCACCUCCUCCAUACUUUUACAAGUCUCCACCUGCACCUUAUAAUCCUUACCCAUAUAAUUUCCCUCCACCACCUGUGUACUAAACUUGAUAUGCAUUUUUAUAUUUACUUGCAAUUGUGUGGUGUGUAAUAAAUUCUCAUUUGUAAUAAACGUUUACAGUGAUAUAAAGUACAUGUUUUGAAUUCUAUGUUGUAUACUAAUUUCGAAGUUUGUUUUAAU